UCCUUAAAUGAGCCUGGGUGGUCUGUGGUUUUGUUUCGUGAUGCUCACAGAAGUUUAUGCGACAUCACUAACACCGCUGCUCACUCUGGACAAGAUGGUGACGGUGAACGACGACAAGUGGAUUUUCCUUUUAGCAAUGUGCUUCAUGUGUGUGUCUUCACAUGAAAAUUGCCAGGGGACGGAUGGUAAAAUUCAAAGGCUUAACACUGCAGUUGGCUCGUCUGUGGUCCUACCAUGCAACUUUGGAGUAUUUGACGAGAGCCUGGUGACAUGGACCCACAAUACCACCGAAAACCUCAUCCAUCUAUCACCUAAAGGGCGAAUUAAAUUCGUGGACCACAGAUAUGGGCGACUGAAGGCCUUUCCUAACCAGGGCUCAGAGGGAAACUACUCCAUCUCCAUUGAUCAGCUUAAAAAGUCGGACUUCGGCUGUUACCGCUGCUGUCAGCGGUCCUUCUGUCUUCAGGUGGAUUUAUCAUUAUUUGAACAGAAAAGUUGGCAGGAGAAGGGUUGUAAAAUUCAAAGACUUAAAGCUACAGUUGGCUCGUCUGUGGUCCUACCAUGCAACUUUGGAGUAGUUGACCGUAACUGGGUGACAUGGACCCACAAUACCACCGAAAACCUCAUCCGUCUAUCACCUGAAGGGCGAAUUAAAUUCCUGGACCACAGAUAUGGGCGAGUGAAGGCCUUUCCUAACCAGGGCUCAGAGGGAAACUACUCCAUCUGCAUUGAUCAGCUUAAAAAGUCUGACUUCGGGUAUUAUCGCUGCAAUCAGGGGCCCUUCUGUCUUCAGGUGGAUUUAUCAUUAUUUGAACAGAAAAGUUGGCAGGAGAAGGGUUGUAAAAUUCAAAGACUUAAAGCUACAGUUGGCUCGUCUGUGGUCUUACCAUGCAACUUUGGAGUAGUUGACCGUAACUGGGUGACAUGGACCCACAAUACCACCGAAAACCUCAUCCAUCUAUCACCUGAAGGGCGAAUUAAAUUCCUGGACCACAGAUAUGGGCGAGUGAAGGCCUUUCCUAACCAGGGCUCAGAGGGAAACUACUCCAUCUCCAUUGAUCAGCUUAAAAAGUCUGACUUCGGGCAUUAUCGCUGCAAUCAGGGGCGCUUCUGUCUUCAGGUGGAUUUAUCAUUAUUUGGAAAGAGUGCAGUGAGCGAAGAGAUGUGGCUACUGAUUUACAUUUCUGUUUGUGUGGCGGUCGUCGUUCUGCUGUGUGCAUGCAGCUACCUAUGCUGGAUGAAAUGCCUCGUGUCCUGCGACAAGAAAGAAGAGGACAACGCAAAUAUUUCAGUCAUACCUAUAGGUUUUCAUGCUGCCAGCGCUCCUCCUGUGGAACAAGUCAGAGUGCCGGUACAAGAACAACAGAUAGGAGCUAACAUUAAUGAUCUGGUUUAUGAAAAUGAUUUCCAAAGUCCAGCCAUAACCCACUAUGGUGUACCAGGAGUUCUGCCGCAUGCAGGCAUGAGUCGGCCAGGCCAAAGCACCGGUGGGCUCUAUCCAGACUUGAAUCAAAUAACCAUUGAAAGGGUAGAGAGUCGGAGAACAAGGCAGAGAUUUCACAUAGAACUGAUCAGCAGAAUACGCCAAGCAAGUCUAGGUCGACAUUAUUACGUUAACCGGGAUGAAAUCAACAGGCAACAAGCCAGGGCAGCGCAGGCACAGAGUAAUCCCAGAGGUUUGAAGAAGAAGAAAGCCAAAGACAACUGUGAAUAUAAAAAUCCGAUUUACAACAGGAGCACAGAGUACCUCAACCAGCUGUAGAGAACGGAGGACAGAGUUUACGCAUCAACUGGAAAUCAUAGCUCCUGAUUAUUGAUUUUACUGUUGUAUUAGGUUAACUUUCUUUAGUCGCCUAAGGCGAUGCACAUUUUGCUUUUUGUUUUUUAAUUUAAUCUCAUUUUAUUUCAUCUUUCUUGUAGUUUUUAUGAGUGUUCACUUUUAUGUGCAAUGAAGCUACAGUGACAAGUAAUUUCCCUUGUGGAACAUUAAAGUCUAAGUCUAAGUAGGUAGGUAGUAAGUUUGUAGAGUUAUUGUACUAUACUUCAUUUCCAGUACUGAACAUUUUUGAUUGUUGGUGGGGAAAUUUCAUCAAAUAAAUAUGUUUGCUUUCA